CUUACCCCCCCCCUCCCUGUCCGGUCCGGGUUCGCUUGCCUCGUCAGCGUCCGCGUUUUUCCUGGGCCCCCCCCAACCCCCCCGGACAGGACCCCCUUGAGCUCGUCCCUCAGCUGCCACCAUGAGCGACCAAGAUCACUCCAUGGAUGAAAUGACAGCAGUGGUGAAGAUUGAGAAAGGAGUUGGUGGAAAUAAUGGGGGCAGUGGUAAUGGCGGUGGUGCCUUUUCUCAGACUCGAAGCAGCAGCACAGGCAGCAGCAGCAGUGGAGGAGGAGGAGGACAGGAAUCCCAGCCAUCCCCUUUGGCUCUGCUGGCAGCAACCUGCAGCAGAAUUGAGUCACCCAAUGAGAACAGCAACAACUCCCAGGGUCCAAGCCAGUCAGGGGGCACAGGUGAACUUGACCUCACAGCCACACAACUUUCACAGGGUGCCAAUGGCUGGCAGAUCAUCUCUUCCUCCUCUGGGGCUACUCCUACCUCAAAGGAACAGAGUGGCAACAGUACCAAUGGCAGCAAUGGCAGUGAGUCUUCCAAGAAUCGCACAGUCUCCAGUGGGCAGUAUGUUGUGGCUGCCACCCCCAACUUACAGAACCAGCAAGUUCUGACAGGUCUACCUGGAGUGAUGCCUAACAUUCAGUAUCAAGUAAUCCCACAGUUCCAGACUGUUGAUGGGCAACAGCUGCAGUUUGCUGCUACGACUGGGGCUCAAGUGCAGCAGGAUGGUUCUGGUCAAAUACAGAUCAUACCAGGUGCAAACCAACAGAUCAUCACAAAUCGAGGAAGUGGAGGCAACAUCAUUGCUGCUAUGCCAAAUCUUCUCCAACAGGCUGUUCCUCUCCAAGGCCUGACUAAUAACGUGCUCUCAGGACAGACUCAGUAUGUGACCAAUGUACCAGUGGCCCUGAAUGGGAACAUCACCUUGCUACCUGUCAACAGCGUUUCUGCAGCUACCUUGACUCCCAGCUCUCAGGCAGUCACUAUCAGCAGCUCUGGAUCCCAGGAGAGCAGCUCACAGCCGGUCACCUCAGGGACUGCCAUUAGUUCUACCAGCUUGGUGUCAUCGCAAGCCAGUUCCAGUUCCUUUUUUACCAAUGCCAAUAGCUACUCAACAACUACUACCACCAGCAACAUGGGAAUUAUGAACUUUACCACCAGUGGAUCAGCCGGGACCACUUCUCAGAGCCAGACACCACAGAGGGUCAGCGGGCUACAGGGUUCUGAUGGUCUGAACAUUCAGCAGAACCAAACAUCUGGAAGCUCACUGCAAACAACUCAGCAGAAAGAAGGAGAACAAAACCAGCAGACACAACAACAACAGAUUCUUAUUCAGCCUCAGCUAGUUCAAGGGGGACAAGCUCUUCAGGCCCUCCAAGCCGCACCAUUGUCAGGACAGACCUUUACAACUCAAGCUAUUUCCCAGGAAACUCUCCAGAAUCUCCAGCUUCAGGCGGUUCCAAAUUCUGGCCCCAUCAUCAUCCGGACACCAACAGUGGGACCUAAUGGACAAGUCAGUUGGCAGACUCUUCAGCUGCAGAACCUCCAAGUUCAGAACCCACAGGCCCAGACAAUCACCUUAGCCCCGAUGCAGGGUGUUUCCUUGGGACAGACCAGCAGCAGCAACACCACACUUACGCCCAUUGCCUCAGCUGCCUCCAUCCCUGCUGGCACAGUCACUGUGAAUGCUGCUCAACUGUCCUCGGUGCCCGGCCUCCAGACCAUUAACCUCAGUGCUUUGAGUACUUCAGGGAUUCAGGUGCACCAGCUACCAGGCCUGCCGUUGGCUAUAGCCAAUGCCCCAGGUGAUCAUGGCGCUCAGCUUGGCCUCCCUGGGGCUGGUGGAGAUGGACUACAUGAUGACACAGCAGGUGGAGAAGAAGGAGAGAACAGCCCAGAUCCCCAACCCCAAGCUGGUCGGAGGACCCGUCGGGAAGCAUGCACCUGUCCUUACUGUAAAGACAGUGAAGGACGGAGCUCUGGGGAUCCUGGCAAAAAGAAACAGCACAUUUGCCACAUCCAAGGCUGUGGCAAAGUAUAUGGCAAGACUUCACACCUACGGGCACACUUGCGCUGGCAUACAGGAGAGAGGCCAUUCAUGUGUACCUGGUCAUACUGUGGGAAACGCUUUACACGUUCAGAUGAGCUACAAAGACACAAACGAACACACACAGGUGAGAAGAAAUUCGCCUGUCCUGAGUGUCCUAAGCGCUUCAUGAGGAGUGAUCACCUGUCAAAGCAUAUCAAGACUCAUCAGAAUAAGAAGGGAGGCCCAGGUGUAGCCCUGAGUGUGGGCACUUUGCCCCUGGACAGUGGGGCAGGCUCAGAAGGCAGUGGCACUGCCACUCCUUCAGCCCUUAUUGCCACCAAUAUGGUAGCCAUGGAGGCCAUCUGUCCAGAGGGUAUUGCCCGACUUGCCAACAGUGGUAUCAACGUUAUGCAGGUGGCGGAUCUGCAGUCUAUUAAUAUCAGUGGCAAUGGAUUCUGAGAUUAGACAUCCGCAUCCGGGGCCAGGGACACAUGGGCCAAUACCCAUCAAUCCCUGGAUGCAAGAUAGCAUGGGUCCAAAAGACAUGUGGGAGAGAGAGCCAUGAGGCAUUAAAAUGCAUGAUGGGAAGAAUUGGGGAAGGGAUACAAGAGAAGAGAUGGGGGUCCUAGUACCCACAUAAAUCAUCAGUGCCUCCUUGAAAGUGGGAAACAUUACUGAAAAUUCUGUUGGUGCCACCCUUUGAUGAGCAUUUGUUUGAUCCCAGUUUCUUCUUAUACUUCUUACCCCAGCCUCCCCUUCCUGCGUUUCCCCUUCUCAGCUCUCUCAUGAUGGAUUCCCCCCCUUUCCUAAAGCCAUCAUGCCUUGAUAAAUAUAUAUGAUCACUGAAAUACUUUUUAACAAAAACAGAUUCUAUAUUAUAUAUAUAUAAAUAUAUAAAGAUAUAUAGAAAUGCAUUCACAGGGGUUGGCUGGGAGGAGGAAGGAGACCAUUUUGUGACCAAAAUACCUUGGUCAUUUUAU